AUGGCUUCCCCCGUGCUAUCACGCUCGUUACUCGGACUUCGAGCUUCGCCUACGUUACUCGCGUCUUCAACGGCACGGUCUACGGGUCUUGCAUCGACUCAGCAGCACACUCUUUCCUUUCGGCGUCUAGCCCAGUCCCAAAGGUCUACCAUACAGCGAGCUCUACCCAGCAGACUCAGCAGACGGUCGUACGCAACAGUCGUCGUCCAUAACCGAGUCCAAUCCCGCCUCCGCCGCUUCGGCUCCUUCCUCCUCAUCUCCUCCCUCUCCUUCUUCGUCGGCGCCUGGUUCGCAAUCCAAGCCGCCCCACCAGUAUUGCUCGGACUCAUCAUGGGCUCAAACGUUGUCACGGACGAGGAGUCCCUCACCAUGUACGAGGCGCCUGACGACUUUUCGCGGGAAGUAGACGAACACAUCAAGAACUCCGCACUUGCGGUCUCAUUACGCAACGAUCCGACAUGGCGGGAGUCGAGACCGAGUUUGAAGAUUCCGGCGGCGAUAAGGCAGCAUAACUUGACGAGUGGGACGCUGCUGGGGCCAGGGAUGAUUGUUGUGCCGCCGUACUACUUCAACAAAAAGGAUGGGUCGGAGAUGGUGCAGAUUAUGUAUGUUGGCACGGACGUGUCUGGGCACCCGGGGAUAGUGCAUGGUGGGUUCAUAGCUACGAUGCUGGACGAGGGGUUGGCGAGGUGUUGUUUUCCGGCGAUGCAGAAUAAGGUUGGCGUGACGGCGAAUUUACAGAUCAACUACCGCAAGCCCACGAUGGCGGGCCAAUUUCUGGUGCUGAGGGCGAAGACGACCAAGGUGGAGGGAAGGAAGGCGUGGGCGGAGGGUUGGAUUGAGAGUUUGGAGGUUGCGGAGGGGGAGGAGCCCGUCAAGUUGGUGGAGGCGGAGGCGUUGUUUGUUGAGCCGAAGCAUGCGAAGGUGAGAGCUAUGUUGUUGAGGAGGGAGGAUGUUGGCUGA